UAUUUGAUAAUUUCUUAUAAUACAGCAGUGAGGAUCUGUGUGAGCAGUCAUGGACGGGGGUCUGUUUGUGCUGCUUCUGCUGUCAGGACUCUUCUGGAGCAGUUCUGCUCUUUCUCGUCCGUACUUCUAUAUAAAUACAGCAAUGUCGUGGCCAGAUGCUCAGAGUUACUGUAGAGAGAGAUUCACUGAUCUGGCUACUGUAGACAACAUGGAUGACGUGAACAGGCUGGUAAAUAUAACAGAUGCUGGAUACAGCGGAUCAGUGUGGAUUGGACUGAUGAAGGGGACACAGAAACAGUGGAGUUGGUCUAAUGGAGAAAACACAACUUCUCAGUACUAUAACUGGGCUUCAGGACAGCCAGAUGCAGAUGGAGAUUGUGUUAUUAUUAAUUCUGGAUUUUGGCAUGAUAUGUCAUGUAGUAAUAACCGAUAUUUUGUGUGCUAUAGAAGUAAUGGAUACGUCUUUGUACAAAGUGCUAAAAACUGGACAGAUGCUCGGAGCCACUGCAGACAGUAUUAUACCGAUCUGGCCACCAUCCACAGCUCUGUGGAGAAUAAGCAGAUAACUACGCAAGUUUUAACCGGAUUGUCCUUCUGGCUUGGUCUGUUUCUGGACUCUUGGGGAUGGUCUGAUCAGUGGGAUCUGAGUUUCAGACACUGGGCAGCAGGUCAACCUUCCCAGGCUUUAGGAUCUAACUGUGUUGGCAUGACAAGAACCGAGUCUGGCAGAUGGUCUCAGUACAGCUGUGAUGUACAGCAGCCGUUUAUCUGCUAUGGAGGUGAGUUUCUCCAGUUCACAGAAUUGAAUGAUUUAAAUGGUUUGUAG